GUGUGUCUGUGUUUUUCCAGAGCGCAGCAGCCAGCCUCGGUGCUGAACAGCUGACGGUGAGCAGGCAGAAGAAGGCCAGCGUCUCUAUUUAUAGCAGAGCAGAGAGACGGAGCUCCAGAUCUGCUGCCUGCCGCCACAGCUCAGAGCCCCGCCGCGACACGCCACGCCACGCCACGCCGCGACACCGCACCGCACCGCACCGCACCGCCGCGCUCCGCCCGUCCGCUCACCGUCAUGCCGGGGAGCCAGGCCCGGUCCCGGGCCAGAGACCGGAACAACGUCCUGAACCGGCCCGAGUUCGUGUCGUUGAACCAGCCGCCGCGGCAGCACGUGGAGCCGCGGGGGGGCGGCGGGGCGCGACGCUCCGCCUUCAGGCAGCAGAGCCUCAACCAGCAGGAGGACGGAGGGGCCAGGCUGUCCUCUUCUUGUGGCACUCCUCGGGGAUCGAGGGACUCUCAGGAUGGAGGUUUAGGAGCAGACGCCGGGGGGAAGGAGGCGUCUCGGCUUCCAGAGCAGGACUGCAUGCAGCUGAACCCGUCGUUCGGCGGCAUUGCCAUUAGCUCUCUGCUGGCCAUCGACAUCAGCCUGUCCAAGCGCCUGGGAAUGUGUGCCAGCCCCGCGGCGCCGCUGCGCUCCAUGGUGAUGCUGCUGGCGUUCAGCGGCCACGCCCUCCCCUGGCUCUGCGGCACACUCAUCUGCCUGUGGAAGAGCAACACGCUGGCUGGACAGGAAGUCCUGGUCAACCUGCUGCUGGCUCUGAUCCUGGACGUGAUGACGGUGGCCGGGAUGCAGAAGUUGGUGAAACGCCGAGGACCAUGGGACUUCCCCCCGGGCUUCUUGGACUACAUCGCCAUGGAUACGUACUCCUUCCCAGCAGCCCAUGCGAGCCGAGCCGCCAUGGUGUCCAAGUUCCUGCUGAACCACCUGGUGCUAGCAGUGCCUUUGCGGAUCCUGCUGUACCUGUGGGCCUUCCUGGUGGGCGUGUCCCGGGUGCUGCUGGGUAAACACCACCUGUCGGACGUGGGCUGCGGCUUCGCUCUGGGCUUCCUGCACUUCAGCCUGGUGGAGUCGGUGUGGCUCGACUCGGCCACCUGCCAGACGCUCAUCUCCAUCGGCACGCUGCGCUGGAGCCCGCUGCUCUAGACCGCUUUGGACCGGUUUACAACUCAUUCACACCGGUUUGGACCGGUCCGGCCGGACUCUGCUACGUGCCAACCCCCCCCCACCCCCCCACCCCCCCACGCCAGUAUGCUGCAGUCAACUCCACUGGUUUAGACUGGAUUAGACUGGUUUAGACUGGUUUAGACUAAUCAGAUGAGCACCGAGGAGCAACAGCAAGACAUUUGAAUACCUGACCGACUGAGUGACACCUGUCCCUGUGCCCGUCCCAGGUGAGCGGUUACGCCAGGACGCUUUCAGUCUGAUUGGUUUAGGCCAAAAGCUUCUGUGCGUCCUUUACGUCGGCAUGGAUGUUGGGGAAUAAAUCCAGAUGAGGAGGUGAUGUUGUGGACGGCGGUCUGUGAGGUCAUUAAAUGCAUCACGGCAGGAGGACGCACUAUUCUGCUAAUAUUAGUUUAGUAUAUUAAUAUUAGUUUAAAAAUCAGUUUUUAAAAAUGUCUUCUUAGAGUCUCUCUUGAUCUGUGGGCUGCGCUGCCCCCUGCUGCCCGUAUCUGGAAGCUUCCUGAACACCUGCACAGGUGCUGAGGAGGUGAAGGCAGAGCGGACAGAAGAGCCGUCACAGCUCCACUACAAGUGACCGUUGGUUUGUCGGGUAUACAAAGAAUAGAUUUAACCUUCAGAUAGAUUUUUAAAUAAUAUUCAACUAGUUUUGUACUUAAGAUGUGCUUAAGAUGGGACGUUAGCUAACGAUAGCCAGUUUUAGCGGUUGUUGAGCUCACGUUGUUUUUCACAGCAGAGUCUGACCGGGCCGUCCUGCCCGUCCCCUCUGCACACCUCAGGUACGUCCAGGUGCUGACAGGUGUGGUGUAACAGGAGCCACAGAGGCGGCUUCACCUCCCGCGUCAAGCCACAGACGGCUUUAUUGUUAGCUAGCUAACGUUAGCAUUAGUGAACAUUAGCUAACCCUUGGUGGCUCUCAGACGUUUGGCGGUGGCGUUUUCGUGACAUCCAGAGGCGAGACGCGUCUUUCAUCAACCAAUCACACUCAAACGUCCUGGCCUGACCAAUCAGAAUGUGAUCUGCUGUCUGUAAACACAGGAAACCAAACACACCUGGGACUGACACCGGCUCAGCUGAAACCCUGACCCCUGACCUCUGACCUCUGACCUCUGACCCCUGACCUCUGACCUCUGACCCCUGACCUCUGACCCAUAUCAGCUGUCCAGCUACUGACCUCCAAGGUUCUCAUCUGACAUCCCUCUUGUUACCAUAGCAACUGAAGACAGCAGGCAGCUGUCCAUCAAGUGGUUGCCGUAGUUACCAGCUGACAGCAGAGCCGGUCUGUAGCUGAGCACAACAGAGACACUUUACACUGUUUUCUAUGCAGUUUGGCCUUCCCUGUGUUUUCCCGGUGAAGUGAGUGAAUGUGUGUGUGUGUGUGUGUGUGUGUGUGUGUGUGUCGGCGACAGCCUGACGUGUCUCAGGUGACGUCACAAGACGUUUCCUGUCCAGUUUCCUGUCGCUGCUGUGAACAAAACCGUCCGUUUGAUAUUUUUAAAGAUGUUAGCGACGCUGGCUGCUCCGCUAGCUCUGUUAGCAUUUAGCAGAGCGAUCACUUCCUGUAGUAAAGAGACAGACAGGCAGAGAGAGAGAGACAGGUAGAGAGACAGACAGACAGGCAGAGAGAGAGAGAGACAGACAGGCAGAGAGAGAGAGAGAGGUAGAGAGACAGACAGACAGGCAGAGAGAGAGAGAGACAGACAGGUAGAGAGACAGACAGGCAGAGAGAGAGAGAGAGAGGUAGAGAGACAGACAGGCAGAGAGAGAGACAGGCUCCCUUCACUUUAGCUGAUUUGGCCCUGAGAGAAGCUGAAGAGCUGAAACGUCCCACUGAUGUCAGCUGAAGGUUCCUCACUGAAGUCCAACAUUAAAUCAAGACGUUUUCUUAACUCCUCGUUUUUGUUCUUGUUGUGUUUUUACCUUAAUCUGAUGCUCUCUAUAAGAUUAUUUCUGGAUGAUCCCUGAAAUGCCCCUCAGGUUCACUGUUCAGGUGUUUUUCUGGCUCCUGUUCUCUGAAAAGUGCAGGAAGCCCCUUUAAUUAAAACAGUGAAAUGUUCCUUUAUUUUGGCUUCAGAUUAAGGGUCUUUAAGUGAUUCAUUUGUUGUUUCCAGGUAAAAACUGAGGACUUUUUCAGGCUGUUUGUGUUUUUUUGAUGCGGCCCAGAGACAGAGAGUGAGACAGGCAGACAGACAGGUUGAACUAUGCAUCCAUUCUGUUAAAUAAAGAUCUA